AUGGAGUUGAAGAGCAUACUAGGAUAUUUGCAGAACAAGACCAUCUUAGUAACCGGAGCCACUGGCUUCCUUGGAAUGGUAUUCGUGGAGAAAAUUCUAAGGGUUCAACCAGAUGUGAAAAGGCUUUAUCUUAUGUUAAGAGCUUCGGAUACCAAGUCAGCCACAGAUCGCAUGCAUGAUCAGGUUUAUAUAUAA